AUGUCGAGCAUCUUUAAGACCAGGAAGUUAUGGUCGGUGAUUGAAGACGGUUUCCGUAUUGACCGACAAAGGAGGAUGCUUACCUCUGUUAAAAAAAUGGAGCAAAAAAGACGUGAAGAAGAGUCAAGCACGAUACGUCAAGGAGACGUCGUUGAUGGUGAUCCAAAGAAGACACCAAUGGAGGAUGCUUACCUCAGAGAAAAAUGGAGCACAAUGGAGGAUGCUUACCUCAGAGAAAAAUGGAGCACAAAGAAGACUGAUUACCUAAGAGAAGAGGAGGCAGCAGACGGUUAG